AGUUGUAGUUUUGCCGGCAACUCCCAGCAUGCAUAGGUUUUCCCGCGAGCUUGCAGUGAUGGAGUGAGGCCUUGGGCAAUUUGCAUGUUCCAUCUGAAAUUUGUGCUAUCUGGCUAAAGUGUAGACAUGAGUUCGUCUGGUAACUCCCUUGAUGACGAGGACACGUUUAAAAUCCUUGUGGCGACUGACAUUCACCUGGGCUACAUGGAAAAAGAUGCUGUGCGAGGAAAUGACAGUUUUGUGACUUUUGACGAGAUCCUGCGGCUGGCCAAGGAUAACGAAGUUGACUUUGUGCUGCUCGGAGGAGAUCUGUUCCAUGACAACAAGCCUUCCAGGAGAACUCUACAUACGUGUAUGGAGGUGCUAAGAAAGUACUGCAUGGGGGACCGGCCAGUCCAGUUUGAGAUUCUCAGCGAUCAGUCCGUAAACUUCAGCUAUAGCAAAUUUCCAUGGGUGAAUUAUCAGGAUGACAAUCUGAACAUUUCUAUUCCGACAUUCAGCGUCCAUGGAAAUCAUGACGAUCCGACCGGGGCGGACGGUCUGUGUGCGCUGGAUUUACUGAGUUGUGCCGGACUGGUCAACCAUUUUGGGCGUUCCACCUCUGUAGAGAAAAUUGAUAUCAGCCCGGUACUGGUACAGAAAGGGCGUACCAAGAUUGCUAUGUAUGGGCUAGGUUCUAUUCCGGAUGAAAGACUUUAUCGAAUGUUUGUGAAUAAACAAGUCACGAUGUUACGCCCCCGGGAGGACGAAUCCAGCUGGUUCAACUUAUUUGUAAUUCAUCAGAACAGGAGUAAACACGGAGCCACAAAUUACAUCCCUGAGCAGUUUCUAGAUGACUUUUUGGAUUUGGUAAUUUGGGGUCAUGAACACGAGUGCAAAAUAGCGCCGGUGAGGAACGAGCAGCAGCUCUUCUAUGUGUCUCAACCUGGGAGCUCUGUGGCCACUUCCCUGUCCCCUGGAGAGGCAGUAAAGAAACACGUGGGUUUAUUACGGAUCAAGCAGAAGAAAAUGAACCUUCAGAAAAUCCCCCUUCAGACCGUGCGCCAAUUCUUCAUCGAGGACGUGGUCUUGUCUGAUCAUCCAGACCUGUUCAACCCAGACAAUCCCAAAGUGACCCAGGACAUAGAAAACUUCUGCAUAGAGAAGAUAGAGGCAAUGCUGGACAUGGCUGAAAGGGAGCGUCUGGGAAAUGCUCGUAUACCGGAAAAACCUUUGAUAAGAUUGCGGGUGGACUACACAGGCGGAUUUGAACCCUUCAACACUCUUCGGUUUAGCCAGAAGUUUGUGGAUAAAGCUGCUAAUCCCAAAGAUAUUAUACAUUUCUUCAGACACAAGGAGCAGAAGGACAAGAAAGACAUUGUGGAAAUUAACUUUGGGAAGCUUGACAGCAAAUCAUCCUCAGAGGUCGGUACGCUGAGAGUGGAAGAUCUGGUGAAGCAGUAUUUCCAGACAGCAGAGAAGAAUGUGCAGCUUUCUCUUCUCACCGAGCGAGGGAUGGGUGAGGCCGUACAGGAGUUUGUGGAUAAAGAAGAAAAAGAUGCCAUAGAAGAACUGGUGAAGUUUCAGCUAGAGAAAACCCAGCGUUUCUUAAAGGAACGGAACAUUGAUGCUGAGGAGGAGAAGAUUGAUGAGGAGGUUCGAAGAUUUCGGCAGACCAGAAGAGACAAUACAAAUGAAGAAGAUGAAGAGGUUCGAGAGGCAAUAAACCGGGCUAAAGCUCACAGAUCUCAGGUUGAGGACAUUGACAUGAGUGAUGAUGAUGGCAAGGGAAGGAAAAUAUCAGGACCAUCUAUGGAUUUUUCUGAUGAAGACAAUGCUCCAGCCCCAACACCAGCAAGAGGAAGAGGAAGGGGCCGCGCCAGAGGAGGACGAGGACAGAGCACAACCACUAGAGGGACUUCAAGACGAGGACGGGGUGGCAGUGAUGUCCCCUCUGGCGGUCGAGCAUCUAAAGCCUCUGCCAAGAACAUGUCUAUCCUCGACGCCUUUAAAUCUUCCUCCUCAAGACAACCUUCCUCAAGGAAGGCCCCUGCAAAGAAUUAUUCUGAGGAGAUAGAGGACGAUGACUCCGAUAUAGAGGCAGUUUCCUUCACCUCAUCUUCCAAUGUGGCCAAGAGAUCUUCCAGCCUAUCAUCUAGCUACAGCAAGCCAAGUUCUCAAAGCCUGGCCUCUCGAGGAACCUUCUUUGUGGACGACGACGAUGAUGAGGAUGAGUUUGAUCCUUUCAAGAGCACUGCAUCAUCUAGAAGAAAUCGGCGGUAGAUGUUGUUAGCCCUAUUAAGGCUGUCAUCACAUUUUUCUACUUCGUUAGCAGUAACGAGAGGCAUCAAAGAACCAUCCAGUCUCCUAUUUUAUUAACAGUUGUCUGCCCUUUUCACUCCGAUAUGCACUAUGAUUAUGAAGGCACGUUGCUUUGACAAGUAUUGAUCUCACGUCUGUACUUGUCCCAAUCAUCUUCUGCUCUUAGCGGCUUGGUGAAGUCUCCUUUUAUCGUACUAAUUUGUUAAUGGAAAAGUCUAUAAUCGGUUUUCAGAUAUACAUUUUUAGAUAAUUCAUGUUUUGUGAAAAGGUUAAGACACCUUCUGUGCCUUAUAUUUAUGACACUUUAAACCGCACCUACAACUGCUACUCUACAGCUUGUGUACAAAUUGCAUUUUCAGCAUGUCCCAUUCUGCUGCCAUUUUCGGGAGAUAGAGAAUGUUUAGAAGCUGCUAAGGAUAGACAGAAUAGCUGCAGAACUAAUAAAUGGGUGUGAUUGACAGGAGCUGAAAACUGCUAGCUGUCUAGAUUGAAAACAGCCAUAGAACUGCUCAUUGACAAUGACCAAGACUGACAACAGCUGUAGAACUGAUAGUUGACAACAACCUAGACUAAAAACAGCCAUACAACUGCUCAUUGACAAUGACCACGACUGACAACAGCUGUAGAACUGAUAGUUGACAACAACAAGACUAAAAACAGCCGUAAAACUGGUCAUUGACAAUGACCACGACUGACAACAGCUGUAGAACUGAUAGUUGACAACAACCUAGACUAAAAACAGCCAUACAACUGCUCAUUGACAAUGACCACGACUGACAACAGCUGUAGAACUGAUAGUUGACAACAACCAAGACUAAAAACAGCCAUACAACUGCUCAUUGACAAUGACCACGACUGACAACAGCUGUAGAACUGAUAGUUGACAACAACAAGACUAAAAACAGCCGUAAAACUGGUCAUUGACAAUGACCACGACUGACAACAGCUGUAGAACUGAUAGUUGACAACAACCUAGACUAAAAACAGCCAUACAACUGCUCAUUGACAAUGACCACGACUGACAACAGCUGUAGAACUGAUAGUUGACAACAACCAAGACUAAAAAUAGCCGUAAAACUGCUCAUUGACAAUGACCACGACUGACAACAGCUGUAGAACUGAUAGUUGACAACAACCAAGACUUAAAACACCCAGAGAACUGAUAGUUGAUAACAGCCAAAGCUGAGAACAGCUGUAACUGAUGGAUGACAACAAAAGACAAAUCUGAAAACAACUGCCAAGACUGCAUAUAACUGUAGAUCUGUAGUUGACAAUGACCAAUACUGAAAUAGAUGCAGAACUGAAAGUUGACAGCCGUGACUGUUAAUCGCUGUAGUACUGAUGACAAAAAUGAACUGAUACUUGAAGGUGACCAAAAAUGACAACACUUAGGAAGCUGAUAGUUGACAAUAGCCAAGACUAAUAACAGUUGAUGAACUGGUAAUUGACAAUGACCAAGACUGACAACAGCUGGAGAACUGGUAGUUGCAGGAGACAAGACUUUCAGCAGCUUUAAAACUGAUAACUGACGGUGAUGUAGACUGACAGCAGCUAGGAAGCUGAUACUUGACAGUAGUAGUAUUUUCAUAAUUCCCAUAGCAGUGAAUGGAGAGCACAUGGCGCAAGAGCAACCGCGUCUCCACUCUCCACUACUGGACUGCCAGAUAUAGCCGAGCCAGUGUUUGGCUAUUUUCAGAACUCCCAUAGCGGUGAAAGUAGGUUGGCCACACAUACAGCUGCUCCCUGUUCACUUUGUGGGUCCCGUUCUGGAGAUAGGUGCAGCUCUCACAUCUGGGACCCACUCAUAUCUGACAUUGAUGGCAUAUCCUAGCAAGUUUUUUUUUUGAUCAUAUGAUUGCAAAUGCCUGUAAAUACCGUAGUGACCUGUGAAGAACAUUAUUGGAGGGAAUCACAAUCAGAUUGGCCACUGGGGUAACCACAAAAUCAACAGCCCCUUUAAUGAAAGAAUCCCUUUUAAUAUUUAACAUUAAAUCCGAUUUCUCUUCUGAGGUCAUUGGUUUGGCUGCAGGGGUCUCGACGGACUCCAUUGAUUGACUCUAUACCGAAGUCAAUAUCUAAGCAUCUCUUCCCAGUGCAUUUGGCAGGGGCUGACUUGACAUACAAGCAAUGACAGCUCACAGUUCCCCAUUCUGGAUUAAAUUAGCUUAGCGCUCUCAAAGAUCAGGAUGGCUAUACAUGUGCAGUAAGAGAAGUAUAAAAAAAUCUUUGAGAAACACUGUGCCGAGUUUUCCUUUAAGAGUGUAAAUGGUCGUAAUCCAAUUGUUGUAAUGCAGCCAUGGAUUCUCUGGUAUUCAGUGACACAUGCCAACACGUUUGUGUCGGCACCACCCGAUGGACUGGAGAAGAGCUAUGGAAACCUACUGUAUCACUCAUCGUAACUUCCACUAAUGCUAUCGGAGAGGUACUGUAGCAACUCAAAAAAAAAGUACCAGGACCAGCUCCUGAGCCUCUAUGGAUGUGACACAUCUAAUUGACCCAACCCAAAAGUUAGUGCCCUUUUACCCCCAUCCUUUAUGGGUACAUAGUGAAAUCAGCCAUUUUGUGUCCCCGGUAGUUAGAGUAACCUCUCUUUAAUCUAUGCAAAAAAAAAGGCAGCCUACCAUGAGUUGAACAGGCAUGAAUAGACAGUUCUUCACAUCUACUGUAUAUUAUAAAUAUAAAAGUAAUAAUGCAUGGUCUGCUGAAAAUGUUCUACAAAAGUGGCGCGAGCGUGUAAACCAUUAUUUUCUGAAUAAGCGCUAGGUAAACACACAAUGUAUUGCCUGCAAUUCUGCACGGAGAAAUCUUCAGUAUAAUGGAGGUUGUUAGCAGAGACCUUUGAUACAUGACUCAUUCUGAUUUAAAGGGCUAUGGAAAUGUCAUUACGUGCAAUUUUAUUUUCUUCUGCUGGUUUAAUUUGUCUCUUGGUAUGUGGUGGCCUGCUGCUCAUUAUUAUGUAACCCUGGGAUGGGGUGGUGUUUGCAAAAAUUGCUGGAAUGUUAAAUGUUUUUCAUAAUAAAGAUUAGUUGUUGUUUUUUUU